CCUUAACACACGUUCACACGCUCAAUCAACUGAGGAGAGCGUUGCGUUACCUUGCCGGCCUCUCAGGGCCAGUACGCGUCUGGCCACGCCGCCGAGAGCAUCCUUCCGUUCAGUCACACGCACAAUCUCGUUGGGUUGGUUAGAAGCCGGUUCUUCACGACCGAUCGCGAGAUGCCGAAUUGUCCGAAAUGCGACAAGCCCGUGUACUUCGCCGAGAGGAAGACAUCUUUAGGCAAAGAUUGGCACGGUUCGUGUUUACGUUGCGAGAAAUGCAAUAAGACCUUAACACCUGGGGGUCAUGCCGAGCACGAAGGGAAACCCUACUGCAAUCACCCUUGCUAUUCAGCUCUGUUCGGUCCAGGAGGUUUCGGACGUGGAGGUGCUGAAAGUUACGUUUACAAUAAAUGAAGCAUUAAUAUAAAGACAAUAUUCCCUUAAAUUAAGGCAAUUGUACAAUUUCGAAUACAAGAGACAAUUGUAUGCUUAAAUAUAAGUUAUAAUAAUCAAUCUGAUUAUUUAUGU